ACUCUUCAUCCACUCUACACCAUGAACACAAAGGUAUUCUUCCUGCUGGGUCUGGUGGCCGUGGUUGCCGCAGACAAGCGUCCAGCCCUCGCCUACGGACCUCCUCCGGUCUCAUCUGAGGAGUUCGAAGCUCCCAAGUAUGGCUUCGACUUUGUAGUGCAGGACGCCGAGUCCGGCAACGACUUCGCCCACCAGGAGACUCGCGACGACGACAACACCAAGGGGUCGUACACCAUUCAGCUCCCCGACGGUCGUCGUCAGACUGUGACUUACUACGUGGACGGUGACUCAGGAUUCAUUGCCGAUGUCCAGUACGAGGGAGAAGCUCGCUACCCCGACUCCAGUGAGGUCGGCAGGUACUCCCCACCAGCAGCACCCAGUUCCCGGUACGGCGCACCUUAAGUGGAGUUGUGUAUAACACAAGUCACCAAGUUCCAUCUGCAGACCACGUUCACUGCUCCUGAAAAGUUACUUCCACUGGACUUCAAAGUUCAUCUUCCGCCAAGAAUAUUCUGUGAAGCGAAGAUGAGAAGUGACUCAGAGCACCUGGUGAACCAGUCACUCAUAAUAUUGACUCAGAUUGUUUAGUAUUUAUAUUUAAAGCUUAAAGACUACACAAGGGGUCAUUAAGGCUGCAUGUCACCCGCUUACCACCAGUCAAGAAUACUUUUAAUCCCUAAAAUAGGGAUUAAAGUAAGUUGUAAGCAUAUAUAAACACCUCUCAAUGUUUACAUUUUGACGCUGGUGCUCCCAAUCUUACCCGUCAUCCUUCCUUCAACACCUGUGUGUUGAUAUC